GUGUUAUUUAGAAGAGACAUAUUCAAGGCUUUCAGUUUAACCUUGCAUGUUUACCUUUUUCUUCUACUGCUCUGAAAAUGUUAAAAAAUCAUGUGAAUCGUAAUAAGUAAUGUUUAGAAUAACGUACAAAUUUUUUGACGGUUUACAUCAAUUUAGUCAUUUAGUUGCGAUAAGAAACCCAUCUAUUUCAGGCUAUGGAGCUCGGUUGAUAAGUGUAAAUCGAGUGACAUGUUCCUCACAUCAACAACCCAAACCUAAUUCUGAUGCAAUCGGCGGUUAUGGUGAAGAAGAAAGAAUCGUCAAAUGUCUGACGGAUUCUAACUUGGGACAAAUUCAAGGAAAAGUGAAUCUAGAAUGGAAGGCGGUAGAGAAACCGGAUAACCUUAAAUCAAUAGGUUACUAUCUUAAAUUAAGCCAAUUUCGACUUACAAGUUUGGUUGCACUGACUACAUUGGCCGGUUGGAUGGAUUGUUUGCAAUUUGAUCCUGUUAUCGCCAGCGUAUCUCUUAUUGGUAUUGGUCUAACUUCUGUCGCAGUAGCAAGUCCCAAUCAUUUUUUGGAAAUACCGCAUGAUUCACAAAUUAUGAGAACUCGAAAUCGUCCCGCAGUACUCAGUCAACUUUCUUCUGUACCUGCUUUUUCGUUUUCUACGAUUUCUGGAACAGUUGAACUCAUUGCAGCAGCAACUUUCAUUAAUUCUUUGACUGUGGCAUUAGGUGCAGUUAAUCUAGUCCUUAAUUCAUCUGUAUAUAAACCCAUUAAACAAACGAAUGUCAAUAUUUCUUUGAUUUACCCUGGUUGGAAAUUCAACAGAUGGAUUCAGCUGUCUGGAAAAUCUUCAUUCUCCUCUUCUCCUUCUCCUUCGACACCCUCUCCAGCGCCUGUAUCAACCCAUGAAUCUAAUAAUGGCCAAAAUCAAGCUUCUAUAAUAAUCACAGAUAGUUGUGCUCAACGAUUAAAACAAGUGAGCGGAGAUGGUGAAUUUCUUCGAAUUCAAGUUGAAGGCGGUGGAUGUCAAGGAUUUAGCUAUAAAUUUGAUUUAGACAAUCAUAUCAAUGAUGACGAUAUUAUAUUCCAAAAGGAUGGUAGCUCGGUUGUUGUUGAUAGCACUAGUUUGGAAUACAUAAAUGGAUCAAUUGUUGAUUAUUCUUCUGAAUUGAUAAGAAGCUCUUUCAAAAUUGUUAACAAUCCUCAAGCCUUACAAGGUUGUUCUUGUGGUGCUUCUUUCACAAUUAAACUUGAUUAAUUUAAAAGCCCUA